UCAGUCAGUCGUUUAUCAGUGUGAGAGAAUGGAGCUGUGGUCACUCUGUGUGAUGAUCUUGCUUAUUUCACUUAUCCAGGUUGGAAAAGCUCAAGAAAAACCUAAACCUAAACUCACAUCAAACCAUGAAGGAGAUGUACUGACAGGAAACUCAGUGACUCUGUCCUGUACACUGAAGCUACAGUCUGCUGGAUGGAAGUUUUACUGGAUCAAACCCACACAGAGCUCUGAGACUGAGACUGAAACAGACUUCUACAUCAUCAGUUCAGUUAGAGUCUCUGAUGGAGGUCAGUACAGGUGCAGAGCUGGAAGAGGAACCCCAGUCAACUACACAGACUACAGUGAUUCACUCUGGGUAAAUGUUACUGAGAGUCCUAAAGCUGUGGUGACCAUAAAGCCCGACAAACAUGUGUUUAGAGGAGAGACUGUGACUCUCAGGUGUGAAAUACAGGGAGGAGGAGACACUGAGUGGACAUACAGCUGGUAUAAAAAUGAUGACAAACUAGUCCAGAUAACACAGGAGUUCAGCCUCAGCUCAGUUAGAAAUGAAGACAGUGGUAACUACACCUGCAGAGGGAGGAGAAGCAGUGACACUCAGAGCUCAGAGAUCAGUGAUGCUGUUACUCUCACUGUAUCAGAUGUAGCAGAGGCAGUAGUGAGUGUGUCUCCAUCGAGCUGGCUGACUGAAGGAGAUUCAGUGACUCUAAGCUGUGAGGUUAAACACUCCUCUACAGGCUGGACAUUCAGCUGGUACACAGUUUUUCUCUACAGAGACAGUCAGGGUUCCAUCUGGUACAGAGCAUUGCUCCUCUCAGACAGCAGCAGAGGAUCUGGAGGCUCCUACACUCUCAGUCCUGUUACUCUGAAUCACACAGGAGUUUAUGUGUGCAGAGCAGAGAGAGGAGUCUUUCAUGCAGAUUACAGCAAACUACAGCCACUGUGGAUCACUGGAGAAUCUCCUCCAGUGUCUCUGAUCAUCAGUCCGAGCAGAACUCAACACUUUACUGCUGACUCUCUCUCAAUGAGCUGUGAGGACCAGAGUGACUCUACUGGAUGGACAGUGAGAGGAUAUAGAUACAUUGAGGAUUUGGUCGAAUGUUCAGUUUCAGGAUCUACAUGUAACAUCAACUCCCUCUCUACAUCACACACUGGAGUUUACUGGUGUCAGUCUGAAUCUGGAGGACGCAGUAAUCCUGUCAACAUCACAGUGCACUAUGGUGCUGUGAUCCUGGACAGUCCUGUCCAUCCUGUGACUGAGGGACAUCCUCUGACUUUACGCUGUUUAUACCGCAGCAAAAUGAUCCCAGGCUCUGGUGUUGAUUUCUAUAAAGAUGAUUCCAUCCUCCAGUCCCAGACUACAGGAGAGAUGACCAUCAGUAGUGUCUCAAAGUCAGAUGAAGGUUUCUACCACUGUAAACACCCAGAGAGAGGAGAGUCACUGAAAAGCUGGGUUUCAGUCAGAUUGAAAAGUCCCGGGUCCAACACUGUACCAGUAGCUGUGGCUGUGGGACUGAGUUUGGCCUUGCUGUUCAUCAUCUUUUUACUGACCCUGCUGUGGAAACACAAAUCCAACAAAAGAAAGGACAGAGGCAUACAGCAGAACAGCAAUCAGACACCAGGACAGAGUCAGUCAGGAGCUGAGGAUUCUCAGUCAGGAUACACACCGCUUCAAACCGGAAAUGAACACAUUUAUGCCACCAUGGACAAUGCGGAUCAUGAUGCUGGACCCAGUGAUGUAACUUAUGCUGAGCUUGAACUGAAGCCACAGAAAAAAGCAAGGAAAAAACAAGUGAAAGCCAAUGUUGAACCUGAUACUGUUUACUCAGAGCUGAAGCAGAACACAUAGGUGCUGAAGGUGUGUGUAAAAAGCUGAAGAGAUGAGAGAGAGAGAGAGAGAGAGAGAGUUCAUCUUGUUCAUCAUGUCUGCAUUUAUAGCAGGGAUUCUGUAAUCUGGCCCACAAGAUCUACUUUCCUGCAGAGUUUAGCUCUGACCUUAAUCAAACACACCUGAGAAUGCUAAUCAGUGUCUCCAGGACCAUUAGAAAAUCACAGGUAGAGAAGUUUGAUCAGGGUUGGAGCUAAACUCUGCAGUACAUUGACCCUCCAGGGCAAGAUUUGAGGAACCCCGAUAUACAGAGAGAGAGUUAGAUUUGUUUAUACAUGAUCGUUGCACUUAUUUGGCUUCGAUUGUAUGAUGGGAAAGGAUUAUAUUUUAGCAAUCACUUAUUUAAGCAAUCUAAACUAUUUCCACUCAACAGAAACAAAAGCCCAAAAUGUAUGUGUUAAUACAUACCAAGUAUGUAUUAUCCCAGUAUAAUACCAAGUAGGCCUAAACUGUGUGCACUGAUUGUGGCAAUAUCAGUAUAUGUAAAAAAUCUCUCUCAUUUUAUUUAUCUACUGUUAAAGGAAUUGUUUUUUGUUGUUUGCUAUAAAUUUGGAAGUAUUUCAGCAAUUACUUUUGUACUUUUAGCUUGCAGAAAUGAUAGUCUAUAAUAAAUUAUACAUAUAUUCUGCCAUUUCCUUAAGUCUGUUAAUUAUAGAUUCACUGUCCAGUAGCUCAACUAGUGAUGGUUUUUCUUUAAUAUUUUUUUAAUUAAAUGUUAUUCAUUUAUAUUAUGUAUUAUUUAGCAAUUCUAGCAAUACUGUACAUUUAAAGGCAAAGGAAAUAUUGUUAAUGUUAUGAACAAAGCCUAUAAAAAAAAUCAGUAUGAAGAGCUUACUACAGUGACACCUUUUGGGUAUAAUGUUUUUUUUUUUUUUUAAAUAAAAAUCUAUCCGUUACUAAAUUUUAU